GCUGUUGGUUCUUGUUGACUCAAAGUUGGUGUCCAAUAAAUUCCGCAGUCAUUGAACCAUUUUAAUUCGAAAAGCGCGCCGGAUUUCAAAUUCGAAUUGUCUAUAAUUGGAUCUAAAUUGCCACGAGUGGACUAUAAAAGUAGUUAAAUAAUUCAUAAAAUAGAAAUAAUAGGACGCGAAUCAAUAUUUAGUUCAAUACGAGGCCAUUGCACAAAUUGUGUCCUAAUUGUAGAUAUUGUAGAGAGGCAAGUUGGCUAAAGUAUUUUUAUUCAACUUAUUGCUCUCUCACAUAUCAGUACGAUAGUUGGAAUUCCGAGAUUCCUGUUUCUAGAUACUUCUAAAUUCACUCUACAAAUAACUUCGUAAUUCUACAAUUCAAUCUUAGCUUCGAAUAUAGAUACAGACAGGUUCUGAAAUCCAUUUGAAGAACCGGACAAAGUUUGGGCUAAAUUUGAAUCUGAAUCAAAAGCGUUGUCGGAUUUGCUAAAUUAGCGCUAAAAGAUACCCGAAUCUGAAUACAAGUUGCCACGAUUAUACCGAACGCUUUUGCUUAGAUUAGAUAGUAUAGUACGGAUAUUGUUUGCGGAACAUGCCAUUCUUUUCAGAAGUAGCUUCGAAUAUGAGUAGCUCGAAUUCUAGUUCUGGUCUGCACCUCACUCCCAACAAGAUGUAUGUUCUGAAGAGGAAUGGGAGGAAGGAGCGAGUCAUGUUCGACAAGAUCACCUCCAGAGUCAACCACCUGUGCUAUGGCCUCAACAUGGACUUCGUGGACGCAUCUUUCAUCACCAUGAAGGUAAUCGCGGGAAUCUACCCUGGUGUGACGACGGUGGAGCUGGACAACCUGGCUGCGGAGACUGCGGCUACCAUGGCUGUACAACACCCGGACUACGCAGUCCUAGCUGCCAGGAUAGUCGUCUCCAAUCUACACAAGGAAACGAAGAAGACGUUUUCUGAAGUGGUCACGGAUUUGCGAACCUACAUCAACCCGAAGAACAACCAGCACAGUCCCAUGAUAUCUGAGGAGACAUACCGCAUCAUAAAGGACAACGAAGAGAAACUGAAUUCGGCAAUCGUCUACAAACGAGACUACAACUACAACUAUUUCGGAUUUAAGACCCUCGAGAGGUCAUACCUCCUGAAGAUCAACGGAAAGACGGCGGAGAGACCCCAACACAUGCUUAUGCGUGUAGCAGUCGGAAUCCACGGCGAAAACAUUCCAGCAGCAAUUGAGACUUACAAUCUUAUGUCAGAGAAAUGGUUCACCCACGCAUCGCCAACGUUGUUCAAUGCGGGAACUACUCGACCUCAGUUGUCAAGCUGUUUCUUGUUGACAAUGAAAGACGAUUCGAUUGAAGGGAUCUAUGACACCCUGAAAGAGUGCGCACUGAUCUCCAAGUCAGCCGGAGGCAUCGGUGUUAAUGUCCACUGCAUCCGAGCGAGAGGAAGCUACAUCGCGGGAACCAAUGGGCAGAGCAACGGUCUCCUGCCUAUGUUGCGAGUUUUCAAUAACACUGCGCGGUACGUAGAUCAGGGUGGUAACAAGAGACCAGGGGCUUUCGCUAUUUAUCUGGAACCUUGGCACGCUGACAUCCACGAGUUCCUGGACUGUAGAAAGAAUCACGGAAAAGAGGAAAGCCGUGCCCGCGACUUGUUUUUUGCUCUUUGGAUCCCCGAUCUGUUUAUGCAGCGAGUGGAGGAGAACGGAAUGUGGUCUCUGAUGUGUCCCAAUGAGUGCCCAGGACUUGCCGACUGCUGGGGUGAAGAGUUCGAAAAAUUGUACGAAGGCUACGAGAAGGAAGGCCGAUUCAAGAAACAAAUGCCUGCCCAACAACUAUGGUACGCCAUCCUCGAAUCGCAAACUGAAACCGGAACACCGUAUAUGCUGUACAAGGAUGCUUGUAACCGAAAAAGUAACCAACAGAAUCUAGGAACCAUCAAAUGCUCCAAUCUAUGCACAGAAAUUGUCGAGUACAGCUCACCUGACGAAACUGCGGUGUGUAACUUAGCGUCAAUUGCUCUGAAUAUGUUCGUGAAAAGCGACAAGACUUACGACUUUGAGAAACUGAAGUUUGUCUCCAAGGUCGUAACGAAAAAUUUAAACAAGAUUAUCGACGUCAACUACUACCCAGUUGAAAGUGCAAGAAGGUCUAACUUUCGUCACCGACCGAUCGGAAUUGGAGUGCAAGGUCUGGCCGACGCGUUCAUUCUGAUGCGAUAUCCAUUUGACUCUGAGGAAGCGCGAAAACUUAAUCGCGACAUCUUCGAAACUAUCUAUUUCGGUGCUCUAGAAGCUAGCUGUGAACUUGCCGAAAAAGAAGGACCAUAUGAGACCUAUGAAGGAUCUCCGGUGAGCCGAGGAAUUCUCCAACAUGACAUGUGGGGAGUGACUCCAACUUCGGGUCUAUGGAACUGGGACGAACUGAGAACCAAGAUCGCGAAGCACGGAGUCCGAAACAGUCUGUUGCUGGCACCUAUGCCUACCGCUUCAACAGCGCAGAUCCUCGGCAAUAACGAGUCGAUUGAAGCUUAUACAAGUAAUGUAUAUGUGCGAAGAGUGCUAUCAGGAGAGUUCCAAAUCAUCAAUCAACAUCUAUUGAAGGACUUGACCGAAAUGGGACUUUGGAAUGAUGACGUUAAAAACGAAAUCAUUGCCAAUAACGGAAGUAUCCAGAAUGUCAAUGAAAUCCCGAGUGAAAUCAAGAAGCUCUAUAGGACAGUUUGGGAGGUCUCGCAGAAGGCCAUUAUGGAUAUGGCCGCCGAUCGAGGGGCAUACAUUGAUCAGAGCCAGUCUCUGAACAUCCACUUGGCCGACACAAACUUUGGCAAGCUGACUUCGAUGCACUUUUACGGAUGGAAGAAGGGACUGAAAACCGGCAUGUACUAUUUAAGGACAAAAGCAGCUGCUAACCCGAUUCAGUUUACAGUAGACAAGCAGAAGUUGAAUGCUAAAGUUGACGGGGGCAGGGUGGAAAAGGGCAAGGAGAACGAGGUCCCAGGUCAAGCUAGACCCAAGGCCACGAAGGAUCUGAGCGACAUGCUGUGCUCUCUAGAGAACCGAGAUGCCUGUCUGUCGUGCAGCGGAUAAAAUGCUUGGGAAAUUUGUCUUCUAAACUUUUAUCCGAACUUUAAACAUUAAAUCAGCUUAAAUAGCCGAUGUUUGAACUGUGAACUGAUUGAAAGUUUUGAACUUUUAUUGAUUUUAACUUCUUGCUGUUCUAUUCUGAUGUUGUUGCAGUUAUUUAAACUUCAAUGCCUCAUUUACUAAUGUGCUAAGUAAUGGUCAUUUUACUAAAGUAUUUGUCCCAUACAUGUGCAAUACAAUAAUUUUCCUUAAUUGAAGGUUUCGUUACUAA